GCAAAAAUCGAUUUACCUGUUCUUUCGAUUGAAACUGAAAAGACCAUUUUUGAAUAGGACGGGUAGCAAUGAAAGACAUCCAAGACAAUCCGCAUCAUCCAGCAUCGAUAGAUACUCUGGAGCGGUAUACUCUGAUCGUCUCAUAUGAUGGAGCAAGAUAUUCGGGCUUUCAGAGACAAUCAUCUUCCUCCUCUUCCUCCUGUAGAAACCCCGACUCCAAAAGUGAUGCAAAUCCUCUGAAACGUCGUCGCCCAAACAAUCAAAUCAAGAAGAGAAUAAAGAAUAGAGGCAAUGUUCCUAUAACUGUGCAGGAGACGCUCGAAGACGCACUUGAAUUCUACACAGGAAUGGAUAGAUUCCAGCUGAAACUACGAUUUGCUGGAAGGACAGAUGGAGGUGUCCACGCACGGGGUCAGGUGGUUGCCGUAUCCUUACCACGUGCAAUUUUUUCGGAUCAAAAAGUAAUCAACAACAUCAGCGACGAAAAUGAAAAUGAUCGCGAAAAAUUGUGGACGAUUCGCAAAUCUAUCAAUAGCCGAUUGCCGAACGACAUAAGCAUCGAAGAUGUAUCUGUAUGUCAAGACGAAUGCUUCGAUCCCCGCCUGGAUGCAAAGCGUAAGCAGUAUUCAUAUAUGUUGAGAUAUCGACAAAUGGUAACAUUUGAGAUAAAAAAUGUAAAAAAUAAUGAAUGCGGAAAAACAAUCUCCCCUAUCUGUUUAAAGGGAGGACCGCAAUUAUUACGAACAGCAUUAGAUUCCAACCGGGUUUGGAUUUGCCCAUGGGCUCUAGAUGAUUCAAAACUAACGCAUUACUGCGAACUCUUAACAGGGACGCACGACUUUUCUGCUUUUGUUCAUAAAGAAGCAAGAAAAACACGAGAUAACAAGAUGACUGUGACCCGUCUGGAUUACGAACGCGUGAGGUUCCGAGAUGAUGUGGCUCCUGUGUGGGAAAUACGCUUUGUGGUAGAAGCCAAAGGUUUUGGACGAUCGCAAGUGAGAAAUAUGGUGGGCUUUUUAGUCGAAGCUUGUCGAGGGUCAUUCGAAGACCUCGAGUCUAACCAGGGCUGGCUUUGGGAAGAAGACCCUGAUCGGUUGGCAAAACAGAUUCCUUCGGCUCCUGCGUGUGGUUUGUGCUUGGAACAUGUUAUGUAUUGAUAAUGGAAUCCAUUGAAAGAGUUUGUUUCAGAGACUCAUGAUGGCUACUGACUCAAAUAGUUGCAAGUUAGAACAGUUCAGCACAUUACUUUAUGAAUUACACCAGUUACUGAAAACCGACUCUGGCAACCAUGGAUGAUAAUUUCUGUUAUUUAGUGGUCUCUCUAGAGGGAGUUCCCAAUAUUACCCAAAAAUUAAAGAUAUUAUACACAC